AUGAAAUACGAAUACGGAAUCUCGUUGUCACAAUUACGUACGAGUCUGAAAUACAGGAGCAAGGAGUAUUUUCUGGAAAACUCGUUGCACGGCAUAUCGUACAUCGUGGAUUCAUCGCUGCGGAAAUGGGAGAGGUAUUUAUGCACAUCACAAUUUUAUAAUAUACUUAUUUUGCGUAGAAUAUUAUGGUUAAUAUUAACCGUGUCCUCACUGAUUGCGACAAUCUGGGUCAUGUUGAUAAUCUGGGACAGAUUUCAAAGAGAACCGACUAUGAGCGAAGUCGAUACAUCCACCGAAAACAUUAAACUCGAUUUUCCGCAGAUAUUCCUUUGCCUCGAUUGGUCACAACUGAAUCAUUCUAAUUUAAGGGAGGCAUGUAUUUUUCCACUCCGCUUGACGCAAAACGCUUGCGUAAUUUUUGAUAUUUUUUAAAUAUUAAUUUUAAUUAUUGUUCGUGUGGCAAAUAUAGAAUGAAAGAACUUUAUACGAAAAAGUAUACAACUGGCGAUGGGGCGAAGCUAUUGAACCGCUGCCAGAUGAGUUGCAAGACGAAAAGAAUUUUCGCAACAUUUUUUAUUCACUAACGCCCGACUGCGAUGCGUUCUACGGUAAUUGCACGUUCAG